AUGACGCUGCUGUCUUCAUUGACGGUCACAGGGUCGGGUGAGCGGUUCUGCGCUCUGACGUCCACCAGUGGCCCGGAAGCCGUGAACCUGCGCAAGGUGGACACCAGCGUCUUGGAGCGCCGCACCUGCCAGGACGUGUUCGCCGGCUUCAACGCGGUCACAGAGAGGAUGGUGUGUGCCGAGGAGGCCGGCAAGGGCGCCUGCAGGGGCGACUACGGCGGCCCGCUGGACAGCGGCGCCACGCAGGUGCGCAUCGCCUCGUGGUCAGCCUCGCCCUGCGAAGCCACGCCCGCCGUCUUCACCAGCGUGGGCCACCUGCGCUCCUGGGUCAGCGCCACCGCUGGUGUCUAG